AUGAGAUUGUUUUUGUAUGAGAAUAUAAAAGGCUAUUUAUCAUCUUUCUCUCUUAUGCUUCAAAAUUCUACCUGUGUGGCCGUUGAACUUGAAGAAACCAAAUGUUCUGAGGCUCCUACUCCUGAUUCACCGUUGGUAUCGUCUCCUAACUUGUCAUCAUUUUCACUAAAUUUAAAUGAGGAUGUUGCAAGUGAGGCUACAUCAUCACAACGACCUAUUAGGGUAAAGAAAGCAAAAUUGAAGAGAAAAUUUGAUGAAGAUUACGUGAAAAUGAUCCAAUCGGAUAAUAGUCGGCUUGUUGAGGCGAUGGAAAAGUCAAGUAACUCAAGAAAUGAAGCUUCGAGACAAAAAGAAUUCAAAGAAGAAAAUAAAAUUUUAUUGACGAAGUUGAAUUCCAUUGACGAUCCAAAUCUUCGUGAAUUUUUGCAACAAGAACAAAAACGAAUAAUCGAUAAAAGAAGUCAACAAUUUUAACAACCACAAGUACAACAAUCUUCUACCC